UCAUUUGUAUUAUAAAAGUUAAUAAUCUUUGCAAUUGUCUCCAUAGAAGUUGUCCUUCAGUUGAAAACAAUAUAAGUCGUGUUUUAGUCUUAAAUAAAAAGAAAUCAAUUUUAAUAUAUUUUUAUUGAUAAUAAAAUGAGUAAUUAUAACAAAUUGAUAAAACAGUUUUCCUAUAAAAUUAAAAUUAAUUAUAAAACUAAAAACAUUUAAUAAAUAUUUUGUAUAAAUAAUAUAAGAUAUGAAGUGUUUUUUAAUAUUUUUAUGUUAUACUUUUAACAUUGCUUUUUCUCAAAUUUAUAAUAAUUCAAAACCAAUGUCAGAAUUGACGUGUUUUCCGCCGAUCGAUGACAACGACCCGUCAUUGAUGCGACCGAUCCAUGAGGACGGCAUGUUUAACAACCCGUGGCGGACGUGGAAAAAGCCUAAUAUGUGGAGUAUUCCUAAAUUCAUGUUUGAGACGGACAACAGCAAAGUUCCCAAAGAAAAGGUAUUGGAUGAGACAUUGCCGCUAUUGAAACCAAAUUUUAAUUUUGAUGGCACCGGUAUUUCAUUGACAUGGAUUGGCCAUGCCACAACUCUAGUUCAUAUCGAUGGAUUGACUCUACUCACAGAUCCCAUAUUUAGUGAUCGGGCGUCGCCAUCGCAAUACUUCGGUCCGACCCGAUAUAGAAAAGCAGCGGUCAGUGUGAAAGAAUUGCCACAAAUCGAUGCGGUGGUCAUCAGUCACAACCAUUACGAUCAUUUGGAUUUAGGCAGUGUUUUGGCGCUAAAGGAUCGCUUUGGAUCUAAACUUCAGUGGUUUGUGCCGUUAGGAUUGUCUCAAUGGAUGAGAGAUGAAGGCGUUGAGAAUGUGGUGGAAAUGGAUUGGUGGCAAACGUCUUGUAUUAUUACUAAACCUGACAUUAAGUUUGUAUUUACUCCGGCACAACAUUGGACAAGAAGAGGAGUCAAUGACGAACGCAAGACAUUAUGGGGCGGUUGGUCUGUCAUCGGACCUAAACACAAGUUUUACUUCGCUGGUGAUACCGGUUAUUGUCCGGCAUUUGAACAAAUCGGGAAAAAGUACGGUCCAUUUGAUAUAGCGGCCAUACCUAUAGGUGCAUAUGAGCCCCGAUGGUUUAUGCAACCACAACAUGUCGAUCCUGAAGAAGCCGUUAAAAUACAUCAAGACGUCAAAAGUAAACUAAGUAUUGGUAUACAUUGGGGAACGUUUGCUUUAGCACAUGAGUACUAUUUGGAGCCUCCGAUGAAAUUAAAGACAGCCCUAAAAGAUAAUAAUUUAGAUAAUAAUGAAUUCAUAACUAUAUCUCACGGAGAAACUAAAUCUAUUUCAUGAUCAAAGAUAUGUUUUUUG